GGAGUAUUACCGUAAUCCGGCUAAGUGGGCCAUACCUUCCCAGUUGUUGGUGGGAAUGACUGUCGUUGAUAAUUAUAGGAAGCAGACUUGGAAGCGGAUAAAGUUGAUCGAGAGGUCUUUGUUCAGUUUUCAUGGAAUAUCUGCUACGGAAGAAUGUUAUCGAACAGGGCAUGGCUGAUAUCAUGGGAACUUGGUAUGAUCGUAUGUUGGAUGAUGGUGAUUUGAAGCCCCAUGUCAUCGUUUACUUGCGUACCACUCCUCCUGUUGCUCUGUCUCGUCUUCAAGCCAGAGCUCGUAGUGCUGAAAAUUCCGUUAUAUUGGGACAGUUGCUGGAUAUCCAUGAUCUACACGAAGAGUGGUUGGAGCAGGUCCAUUUAAGAAAUUCCGCCUACGAAGAGCCGGAGAUGCCAGAUUUCACUAUUGAUGCCGAUCUGCAGUUGAACGAUGUUUACCAUUCAUUUUGCAUGGUUUCAUUUUUUCCGGGGAUCCGUUUGAUUCACAUCAAUCUGCACUGUGAUCGUAUUGGUAUUGUCUAUCAGUUUCCUGUGCGCAUUCAGGGUACAAUUCUUCGUGCUCUUGUCCCGGUCUGUUGUCUCGAUUUCAUCUUUAUUUUGGAUCCAAUGGUUGUAGCUUGUUCCUGUAGUGCCGGUUUGUAUCCAGGCUCGGCUACUUUUCAGAUUUUCUAA